UGCCCGCUCAGCACCCGCCAGUCUCUGCCGAUCUGAAACCAUAAGCAGCUGCUGACCCACAUCCACGCUGGGAGCACCGUGGGGCACUACCUGCACCCGCAGGAGACAAGGGGGUCCCCUGCACGGGGCAUCCUCCGGAUCGGCUACAGGCAGCUUUGCUAGGCAGCGCUGGAGCUGGAGGAAAGCAGGCUGAGAGGGGGAUUAGCUCUCCAGUGAGGAAGUAGUUGCCCCAAAGAAAGGAGUUGGGGCACAAGCAACUGCUCGACAAGUGCUGGAUUCCCGCAGGCAUCGCUCCGUGCCUAGCUGACGGCGUGCCCACCAUGGAGCAAGGAGCCAGCGGGACCAUCUAACCAGGCAUCCUCGUCCGGAGCUGGGAAGUGCCAGCUAGAGGGAGAAGGGAGUUCUGCUGACAGGUCUGCUCGGCCCUCGGGGGCUCAGCCCGUGCUUGGGAGGUCACUGCUUCGUUGCGCAGAACGAGAUCAAGAAGAGGGAGCCUGGGAGAGGGGCUUGGAUAAAAAGGCUCAGGGUCACCUUUUGUACAGCUGCACCUAGAUUGUCAGUCAGGGAGAGGAGCAGCGGGCAGCCUGCCUUUCCCCUCCCAGGCUAGACAAUGGGGAGACCUGACCCAGAGGAAGGGCAGCUCCCAGCUCCUGUGAAGCCCCCGGAUGGUGGCUGGGGCUGGAUCGUGCUCCUCGGCUGUUUUGUGAUCACCGGCUUCUCCUAUGCCUUCCCAAAAGCCGUCAGUGUCUACUUCAAGGAGCUUAUGAAAGAUUUCCACGUGGGCUAUAGUGACACAGCCUGGAUCUCCUCCAUCAUGCUGGCCAUGCUCUACGGGACAGGACCAGUAUGCAGCAUCAUGGUGAACCAGUUUGGCUGCCGGCCUGUGAUGCUCAUUGGUGGGCUGCUAGCUUCCUCUGGGAUGAUCCUGGCAUCUUUUACCACCAACAUCAUCGAGCUUUAUCUGACAGCGGGCGUGCUGACAGGUCUGGGUAUGGCGUUGAACUUCCAGCCCUCACUGAUCAUGCUGGGCACCUACUUUGACAAGCGCCGGCCUCUUGCCAAUGGACUGGCUGCUGCUGGGAGCCCUGUCUUCCUUUCCUCCCUCUCUCCACUGGGGCAAGUGCUGCUGGAGAAGUUUGGUUGGCGAGGAGGGUUCCUUAUCAUGGGGGGCCUUCUGCUUAACUGCUGCACUUGUGGGGCAGUCAUGAGACCCCUGGAUAUGGGCAUGAAGCGGAAGAUGGGGAAAGCUCAGGACAAAUACGAAGCCAAGGAGAUGCUUCCCAUAGGAGGGAAAUCAGAGGAGGGAAUCAGCACCACUGAUGGAACCAAGAAAACCAAGAAAGCCAAGAAGAAGCCCAAGAAAGGAAAGAAGCUUCUGGAUUUUAGUAUCUUUUCCAACCGAGGGUUUAUAAUUUACACUAUUUCAAAGUUCAUCCUCGUCUUAGGUCUCUUUGUGCCCCCCAUAUUGCUGGUCAACUACGCCAAGGACACGGGCGUACCAGACACAGAGGCUGCGUUCUUGCUCUCCAUCAUUGGUUUCAUAGACAUCUUCGCCCGCCCGGCCUGCGGCAUGGUGGCAGGGUUGAAGUGGGUCCGCCCGCACGUGGCGUACCUGUUCAGCUUUUCCAUGCUCUUCAAUGGCUUGACAGACAUCUGCAGUGCCAGGGCUAGCAACUACACAGGGCUGGUCAUCUUCUGCGUCUUUUUUGGCAUCUCUUACGGCAUGGUGGGGGCACUGCAGUUCGAGGUGCUGAUGGCCAUCGUGGGCUCCCAGAAGUUCUCCAGCGCCAUCGGGCUGGUCCUACUGAUUGAGGCUUUUGCUGUGCUCAUCGGCCCACCCUCUGCAGGCCGCUUGGUUGACGCUCUCAAGAACUACGAGGUGAUCUUCUACCUGGCGGGCUCAGAGGUGGUGCUCUCCGCUCUCUUCCUGGCCACGGCCACCUACUGCUGCCUGGACCAAGGGAAGAAGAAGGAGCCUCCCCCAGAGAAGAACCCCUCCGCGGGCGGUGGGAGCGACACAGAGGAGGCAGAGUCCGAUGUGCAGGAAGCUGAGGAGCACAGCAGCGACAACCACCAGCCGGGCCACAGCAGCGACAACGCCGCGGUGGCAGCCAGCGAGGAGGCCAACCACGUGGCAGAGGAGCAGAGUGGGGAGGGAGGCGGGUGUCCCGAGGGGGAUGGGGAGGUGUUGGCACGAGAUGGCAGCAAUGCUGACCAGACGGUGGAGAGGGAACGGUUUUAGCCAGGGCAGAAGGACAGGGAUGUCUAAAACUGGCCUUGUUUGCAUGCACCUCAGUGUGGGAGGGUAGGUGGGAUAUGGGGUGGAGAAAGUUGAGACAAAAGCCCGUGUAAGAAAUAAGAGGGAGAGGAAUAAGAAUAGCUGGUCCUUAUGUACAUAUGUCCACAUACCCACCCAGUGAUAUGUCUACUUGCAUCCUGCACCCAUGCUGGUACAACACAGGCUCAGAGCAGCCCAAACACCAAAAAGAAAAAAAAAAAAAAAAACAUAUAAUCUUCUUUCCUCACUUCCCAACCAGCCCUGGAGAAAGUCUUUUGAAGAGGCUGCCAAGGACUCUCCUUUUCCUUCUGCAUUGUCACAAUACAGAACACAAACAAUUAGA